AUGCUUUUUGCUGCUGAAACAAUAUUCAUGGAUGGCACGUUUUCAACAUGUCCAAGCAUGUUUGAUCAAGUUUAUACAAUUCAUGCGAUAAAAUAUGAUCAGUCCUUUCCUUGUAUUUUUGGCUUAUUACCAAAUCGACAGAAAAGUACAUAUCACUUUAUGUUUCGUGAGUUGAAAGCAGUAGCUGUACAAAUGGAAAUGAAUUUUUCACCAAAAUUAAUCAUGAGUGAUUUUGAACCAGGUCUAUUAGCUGUAGUUGCACUCGAAGUAACAAUACAACGAGUUGGCUUAUCAACAACAUAUAAUAAUGAUGAUGAUAUUAAAAAAUAUUGUCGAAAAUUAAUGGCGCUUCCUUUAAUACCAGAAGCGCUUAUUGAAGAUACUUAUGAUGAAUUAAUCGCUACAAUGCCAUCAACAUUAAAGGACACAUUAAAGGAUUUAUUACAAUAUUUUCAGGAACAAUGGCUUAACAAAGUUCCUAUUUUUCAAUGGUGUGUACAUGGUCUCAACAUCAGAACCAAUAAUAAUGCUGAAGCAUUUCAUAGUCGCUUCAAUCGUCGAGUACAAAUUAACCAUCCAAAUAUAUGGUCAUUUAUUAAGCUUCUUCAAGGAGAAGAAAACCAUUUUCAUCAUAUGUAUGUUCAAUUCAUGGCAGGCUUAGGGACACGAUCAAAACAAGCUAAAACGGUUGCUAUUCAACGUCGUAUGGAUAAACUUGGAGAAAGAUAUUAUGAUGGAGCACUAAAUGCUAUGGAAUAUCUAGAUGGUUUAUCAUUUGUAGUUGCUAAACGGAAAAAAUAA